UCUUGGUUGUGGACUGGGAGGGGGCAGCUUCGGAAGGUCUGACGGGGUGAGGCUGUCUAAAUGCGGAAGCUCGACAGGCGUUGGCUCUUGCUGAGCCUGGCCGUGGCGGCGGCGGCAGCGAUGGCGGCACGGCUGUUGGGCUGGUGGAAUCCCCACGCUGACAUCCGCGUUUUCAUACCCGAGGAGCUGGCCCGCUACCGCGGCGGCCCGAGGGACCCGGGCCUCUACUUGGCGUUGCUCGGCCGCGUCUUCGACGUGUCCUCGGGCCGACGGCACUACGAGCCCGGGGCCCACUAUAGCGGCUUCGCAGGCCGAGACGCGUCCAGAGCAUUUGUGACAGGAGACUACUCUGAAGCAGGCCUUGUGGAUGAUGUAUCUGACCUGUCAUAUUCCGAGAUGCUGACACUUCGAAACUGGCUUUCAUUUUAUGAGAAGAAUUAUGAAUUUGUUGGAAAGGUAAUAGGAAGGUUCUACGGAGAGGAUGGGCUGCCGACUCCAGAACUGACCCAGGUAGAAACCAUGAUGACCAAGAGUUUGGAGGCAAAGAAGCAGAAACUGAAGGAGAAGGAGAGGUUUCCACCAUGCAAUGUUGAGUGGAGUUCAACCAGGGGCAGCCGAUUCUGGUGUUCCCAAAAGAGUGGAGGUGUGGACAGAGACUGGAUCGGCGUCCCCAGGAAGCUCUAUAAGCCAGGUACCGAGGAGUCCCACUGCGUAUGUGUGAAAACAACGGGGCCCCCUAGUGACCAGAAGCCAGGCGACCCUACACAAAGAAAUCGCGGAGACUUGGACCACCCCAACUUGAGGGAAUAUGCAGAUUGUUCGCCCCGAGCUGUCACGUGCUUCUCCUCACCCUAAACACGUGCUCUACGUGUGGAGGACACAAAGAGAAGAACCCUGCUACUAGGCCCUCAAUUUUGCCCUGUGAUGGCUCCUGACUUGAAGUAGCAGGGCCUGGAAGGACUUUGGUUAUACUCGUGCCCCCCUCACUGUGGGUUCACCAUUCUGGUGAAAUGGCAACCUACCUCGUAUUUGUCAGUUUUUGCCACUAUUUCCCUAGAUCCAUUUGCUAGCCUCCCUCAGAGCCCUCAGAUAUUAGUAGGCUUAAAUAUGACUAACUCAGACAAGCAAAGAGCUUUGAGCUCUAACAGCUUCCUCCUCUUGGAUUUUCAGGUUGCUCAGAUGAGGUGAAACCUGGGCCCUAACUUGUCAGUGCAUCAGGGACACUGGCAGAAAGGGACUACACAAUCCCUUUCUAAUUCAGAACAAGCAGGCACGUCUAGAAAAGCCAUAUAAGUAAACACCGUAACUGUUCCAGGUUCCCCGUGGCCUAACUUGUGACUCCUGGCUUUUACAACAGUUUUUAUAUGUAAGAUCUCCAUCUAAGGCAAUUUGAAUUUAGAACCUGAAGCCACACUGAGUCGAUUUGAGUUGGGCCAAAACAACGAGAGAUGACAAUAAAUUUAUGCCUACAUGGAAGCAGUGAAUCUA